AAAAAGAUCAGGCAUGAAAAUAAGAAGAAGAAGAAAAAAGAAUAUAUACAAACUAUUUGUAUUCAUUGUAUUUUUCAAAACUUGUCCUUACUCAAACGUGAAGACUAUUUUUUUGACAACAAUCAUCUUUUGAAACAGAACAUUCUGUGAUGCAUCAAUGGCAGUAGUUUCAGUGUGGGUUUUAAUUAGGAAGAAACGAUUUUGAAGGGAAUAUAAUUAUUCAUAGUAUAUCGGUCUCUGGAACCGCACACGUUAAGGAAGUGAAGUCAGUGUCAACAGAUAGACCGAGUCCAUGUGUGAACGAGUCUCGCGCGCUCGAUAUUUGAAGGCACCUCCUUCUUGCGCCUCAGGUUUGGUUGAUAAACCUCAGCUCCUCGAACCACCGGUUACUCCUGCACAGAAGAUAACAGUGCAUCUAGAGCCACAGUCACGGAGACGGGAUUUGCGCCUGUCACACACGGUCUCCCAGAUCAACAGUUCUGCGCUAUGCAAAAAAUAUGAUGAGACAUCUUGGGCACUAAAGGAAAACUGGUGUUGGGAAGGAGCAGCCUUGCGCUGGACAAUUCCACUUCAUUCGGUGCGGUUUCCGCUUCCGGACAGAGAGGUCAUCGUUCAUUUUUAAGAGAUACUACAGCAACUGACAGCAAUGGAGCGGUCUCACCUGAACAACAGCUCUGGCUCUUGGUUAUUGGAGGAUCCCGCCUGUCCAACCUCCCUCAGCAGCACCACUUUCCUCAUCGUAGCAUACAGCACCAUGUUAGCAGUGGGCCUGGUGGGCAACACUUGCCUGGUUUUGGUCAUCACACGACAAAAGGAGAUGCGCAAUGUGACUAACAUCUUCAUCGUCAAUCUCUCAUGCUCUGAUAUCCUUGUUUGUUUGGUGUGUUUACCAGUCACCAUUAUCUACACCCUUAUGGAUCGAUGGAUUUUGGGUGAGGCUUUGUGUAAGGUGACGCCGUUCAUUCAAUGUAUGUCUGUAACGGUUUCGAUUUUCUCUAUGGUUCUCAUUGCCUUGGAAAGACACCAGCUUAUCAUCCAUCCCACCGGUUGGAAACCAGUUGUCAGACACUCCUACCUGGCUGUUGCGGUAAUCUGGAUCGUAGCAUGUUUUAUCUCCCUUCCGUUCCUUUCGUUCAACAUCCUAACAAACUCACCUUUCCACAACCUCAGCCUUCCCUUCAACCCCUUCAGCGAUCACUUCAUAUGCAUUGAACAAUGGCCAUCUGAGGGGAAUCGGCUCACUUAUACCACAACGCUGCUGCUGUGCCAGUACUGCUUACCAUUAGCUCUCAUUCUCGUCUGUUAUUUCCGCAUAUUUUUACGUCUGAGUCGCCGUAAAGACAUGGUCGAAAGGGCUCGAGGUGGGCGGCAGAAGAAGACCAAAGGCUCAAAGCGAGUCAACGCCAUGCUAGCCUCGAUUGUAGCAGCGUUCGCCCUCUGUUGGCUGCCACUGAAUGUUUUCAACACAGUUUUUGACUGGAACCACGAAGCAAUUCCCGUCUGCCAACACGACGCCAUUUUCUCGGCAUGUCACCUCACCGCCAUGGCGUCGACCUGUGUGAACCCAGUGAUCUAUGGGUUCCUAAACAAUAACUUCCAGAAGGAGCUGAAGUCGUUGCUUUCCAGGUGCCGCUGCUGGGGGCCGCCCGAGAGUUAUGAGAGUUUCCCUUUGUCCACAGUCAGUACAGGCAUUACUAAGGGGUCUAUCCUGAGCAAUGGCUCUGCUAGCACCUAUCAACAACACAAGAAACACAGUUUGGAACAGAAAGAGACCAUUUAAAUGUAUCGGAUGUACUAUAAGGCAAUGUACCUACCCACAUUUCAAGCAUUCAGAGGACCUACAUGAGACCAACGCCAGUCAAUCUGUGCAAGAUUAGUGACUGAAUUUAAGUUUUGGAAAGAGAAAAUCUGUGACAUUUGAAAGUCCUUGUUGCUCAAAGAUGUCCACUUGUCUUCUUUAAACACAGAAAUGGACUGAAACAUAUUAAGGAAAGGCUUACUGUAGCUAGGCUCUGCAGAGGAGAACCAUGUCAUGACAAAUAUCAUUACAAAUUGCGUUGCUGUUUUAACCACUGCUAAAAUGACUUUGGCCAAUUAAACAUGCUGGUUUUGUGGCCAUUAUAUGGUGAGUUCUAAAUGGCACAGAAAGCCAUUUUUGCCAAUUAGAGCAAGGUUCUCUCUGAGAGACAUUAUAAUGAAAUACUGAGUGGAGGAGGCCUUUUCUUGUCAUAGUCUUUUUCCAUGUGACUUGGUAACAAAAAAAGAAAGAAAUUGAAAUUGAAGAAUUGAAGAAAGAAUAGUGAAUUUUCACUAUUCAAGUAAUAGCUUGCCUAAAAAUAAACAUUCUGUCAUCAUCACUCAUGUUGUUCCAAACCUGUGACUUUCUUUCUGCUGUGGAGCACAAAAGCACCAUAAAUGAUCAAAACUAGUGCAUAUGACUAUGGCUUGACAUGGAAUUUAUGUCAUUUUUUUUAACUGAAAAUCUCCCUGCAGUGAGCUUUUAAUUACUUGGUAUGAAUCAGUAAAUUGAUACAGAUCAGUUUGAUUUGCAAAUGGAACAAUCAGACAGCCAUUUUGAUCUGAUUCACUGUAACUGAUUCAUUGUAAACAUCUGGCUCAAGUCUCUAAUGAACAUAGUAUGGCUUCAAAAAACAUGAAAUAUAGCACAUGACUCAUAUGGAAUACUUUUAUGAUAUUUUGGUAAGCUUUGGUUGCUAUUUGUUGUAAUUAAAGACCAACCUUUUGUGUUUCACCAAGGGAAGAAAGUUAUACCAAUUUGGAAGGAUGUGAACAUGAGUAUAUUAUUGUUAACUAUUUCUUUAAAGGAAGGUACAGAACUAGCAAUAUGUGUAUAAUGUGUACAUUUAAAAACAGAUGUAAUGAUUAUAUGUAAUAGUUAUUAUACGGCAUCAUGACUAUAUAAGCACAUUCUGUCAUUGAUUAGGAGUAGAAUGUAUCCUAUUUCAAACUAGUAUGUACAAUAAUUUACACAUUUUGUUGCUCUGUGUGAGAGGUGUAAUUUGUUUUACUGAUCUAAAUGUUAGUCAAUAUAAACACACUGUGUCCUUUGCAGAAUGGCUUUAUUUGCCAAAGCUAUCCAAGUGAAUUAUAGAGUCAGUUCUUCAGUUCCUUGCACUUUCACUGGACUGUGGAUCUAUACUAAACUACGUGCAUGUUGUAAGUAGCAUUUGUAAAAAAAACAACAACAACAACAAAAAAAGAAUAUAUAUAUAU